UUAGUUGUUACAUUUCUUUCAAACUAAUUUCAAGUUCAACUAUAUACCCAGUUCAAAGUUCUUUGAUUUACCAAACUGCCUUCAAUUAAUCCAGGUUUUCAUCAUGAAGACCACACACGAUGCAGCUUCUUCUGCCUCUACUCCAAUUACAAUAUUGGAAAAAAAGCCUGGUUCAAGUUCACCGAAAAAAUUAUCUUUGGGAAGAUUACGUCUUAAAUUAUCUCCAAGCAGAAAGGUGGAUAUGAAUUCACUUUCACAAACUGGUUCCAAUGCAAGCAAAAACAACUGCAGCGAGCUUCAAAGGGUGUUUGAUUACUUUGACGAGGAUGGAGAUGGUAAAAUAUCUCCUUCUGAAUUACAAAGCUGUGUGGUCACUGUUGGGAGCGAGAUGUCGAUGGAUGAGGCAGAAGCAGCAGUGAAAACAUGUGAUUUGAAUGGAGAUGGGCAGAUCGAUUUCGAGGAAUUCCAGAAGCUAAUGGACGCAGGGGGAGAGGAAGACAAGAAUGUGGAGCUCAAAGAGGCUUUUGGGAUGUAUGAGAUGGAUGGGUCAGGCUGCAUCACCCCCACAAGCUUGAAAAGAAUGCUGAGUCGACUCGGUGAAUCCAAGUCUACUGAGGAUUGCCAAGCCAUGAUUGGAAGGUUUGAUCUCAACGGAGACGGUGUCCUGAGCUUUGAUGAGUUCCGAACUAUGAUGCGCUAAUUCAUAUUCUGUUGCUGCUUACCGAGAUUAUUUGACCGUUUCCUUCCAUGAUGUAAUGUUCUUCACUUCAUUCUCUUUUCGUCUCUUAUGUCAAUUAGGGCAUGUUUGGUAGACGGUAAUAGACGCUGUAAUAUAAUAGUUAUUCUUAUGAUUUA